AACCUCAAAGUGGUGAAUUUCUGCGUUGUCAGGAAGUGAAUUUUAUUUUGUCCCUAGAAUGUCGGGAUUUGUGGAAAAGUUGGAUGAGGAUGAAGUGCAGGAGAUCCUAAAAACUGGCACGGAUCUUCGACAGUAUUCGCAGCAGAUUGAAAAGGAGUUCAAUGAGGUGGAAAAUCGAUCAAUCAGUGAUUACAUCAAAGAGAGUCAGAAUAUUGCAAGUCUUCACACCCAAAUUGGAGCCUGCGAUGACAUCCUGGAGCGCAUGGAGAGUAUGCUGACCAACUUUCAGCAUGUCCUCAGUAACAUCAGCACGGAGAUUACGUCGUUACAGAGAAAAUCCGUCUCAAUGUCUGUCCAGUUGACCAAUCGACAGUCAGUGAGGGCACAGCUGUCACAGUUCAUUGAGGACAUGGCUGUUCCGGAGGAAAUGAUUGCAGCAAUAAUGGAGGCUCCAGUGACAGAAAAAGACUUCCUCACGCAUCUAAAUCAGCUCAAUCACAAAUUGUCGCUGGUGAAGGAGCUGAGCUUCAAGGAAUCCGCCUCAGUCAAUGAUGUCCGGGAGGUUCUGGAGAAUCUCAAGAUAAAGGCAAUGACAAAGAUUCGGGCGUAUCUGCUGGAGCAGAUCUAUAAAUUCCGUAAACCCAUGACAAACUACCAAGUUCCCCAGAAUGCAAUGCUCAAAUUCAAGUUCUUCUUCGAGUUCAUCCUGUCCAAUGAGCGACAAGUGGCUCAAGAGAUCUGCAGUGAGUACGUCGACACGAUGGGAAAGAUCUACUUCAGCUACUUCAAGAGUUAUUCCUCUCGCCUGGCGGCUCUUCAGUACGAAGAAGCCGCCUCAAAGGAUGAUCUUAUGGGAGUUGAAGACACUGUCAGCAAGUCUCUCUUCACCAAAACCACUUCCCUGAAGAACAAGAGCACAGUGUUCACAAUUGGGAAUCGUGGUGAUGUCCUCAAUCAGCAAUUGGAAGCUCCAAUCCUCGUUCCUCAUGCUCAGCAGAAAAAUAAGUAUCCGUAUGAGGCCCUGUUCCGUUCUGAACAGUACGCUCUCGUGGACAAUGCUUGCCGUGAGUAUCUGUUCGUGACGGAAUUCUUCAUGGUGAGGGGCUCUCAGGCCCAGGAGCUCUUCAAUCAGAUCAUGGGCCGUACUCUGUCGCUCCUGAUUAAGAAUGUCGAGACAUACAUCCAGGAUUGCUUCGAUUGCAUUGCCAUGUUCCUGUGCAUUCAUCUGAUACUGCGGUAUCAGUUGAUGUGUCACAAACGCUGUGUUCCAGCUCUGGACAAAUACUGGGAUUCCCUGCAGGCUGUCAUCUGGCCACGGCUGGAAGUGAUCUUCCGCACGAAUAUCCAGAGUGUCCGGGAUUGUGAUCCUACGAAAUUCACGCGGGAAAUGGGGCCUCACUACAUCACACGGCGCUAUGCUGAGUUCUCAGCGGCCAUUGUGGGCAUCUCUGAACACUUUCCCAAUGAACUCAUGAGCCGGCUGCUGCUGGAGUUGCAGAAUGAAGUUGAGUGUUUUAUUUUGCGAAUGGCGGCGAUUUUUCCAUCGCGAAAGGAGCAAUUGAUCUAUCUGAUAAAUAAUUAUGAUCUCGUGCUGGGAGUUCUGAUGGAGAGGACCAGGGACAAUAGCAAGGAAGCUGAGGCAUUCCGGGAGCAACUGACAGCUCGCAGUGGGGAGUAUGUUGAGGAGAUCUUGGCGCCGCAUUUUGGGGGAAUUAUUCAGUUUGUCAAAGAGUGUGAGUUGAUGCUGGAGAAGGAACAGACAGAGGAAUUUCGGAGGCAGGAACGUCGAUCUCUGGCUCUGGUGGCCAAUUUCACGGCAAAUUGGAAGACAGCUCUCGAGGAGAUCAACAAAGAAGUUCUUCUGUCAUUUCCAUCUCUCGUCACGGGGCAGACUCUCCUUCAGCUGGCACUCACGAGUCUCCUUCAGUACUACCAUCGCUUCCAUAAGCUUCUCACUCCCAAUGCCCGCACGCAAUUGGUCAACAUUCACGUGAUCAAGAUGUUCAUCAAGAAGUACAGUGGAUCAUUUAAUUUGUAAAGAAAAGAAGAACUUUUAAGUCAAGAAUGUAUUUAUUUAUUAAAUCUGCA